AUGACCAAAGCCGUUUCAUCUGAAGUUUUGGAUUAUUCAUCUGAUUCUUAUCGUGGCCUAAUUUCAUAUUCCACAAUGCCUUCCGUAUUGCACUCCGCUAAAACUAAUUUUAAAAGCUCCAUUAUGCCCCAUUACUAUAGCAGCUACCGGUACUAUGAAGGCCAGAAAAUGGUCUUAUGCAAAAGUAUUCAAGUAGCUAAAUCUCCACGAAAUUACAAACAUUUUACUUUGUCUCAUAAUAAGCGUAAGAAAUUUAUCGAUCACUGUCUAACUUCUCUCUUCAUGAUUACAGGUGCAAAUAGGAAAAUGAACAUUAAAUUGGCCUUGAUAGCGUCGCUGUUUCUCUUUGCGGUGGCAAAUGCUACCGAAGAAAAUUACUCUGAAUUCGAAAAUCAAUUAAAGGAAGAAGAUGCAACCGAUGAUGCAACUCUCAUGGAUAAAGAUGAAGGCGAUGAAGAUGAUGAGACUGAGCAGCCAGUGGAUAUGAUUGAUGCUGAUAAGGACCGCGAAGAGCUUGAAACACCAAUGAAAAAAUCGUUCUGGUGGCGCCGUCGUCGUCGUCGUCGUCAUGAUCGUCGUCGAGUUAUCAUUAUUCCUCAACGUCCAUUUUGGCGUCGUCGCAGCCAUUUUCAUGUACCAUAA